AUUGCCAGCGUCAUAAAAUCUCGUCUCUCUCACCAUCUGACCCGCGGGUUUCCCUCUGUUUGAAUACCCACGGCUUUCCCGGCUCUUUAGGACCACGCUAUCGGUUGGCUGGUGCCACCAUGCUUGCAGAUCCUCGAGGAGUGCCGCAAUGCCAUAAAGAGUUGGCCCUUCUGCCCGCCGCCGCCCCUCGAACCCAGCAACUAUGACCCUCGAUAAACAAAACAAUGGCCACCUCGCCAAACCGUUCACUCCCACGCUCAGUGCCGCGUUCAGUCGGGGAACCAAAUCUCCGCUAACCCCCAAGCUUGCCAAUCCAUCGACUAUCCGCACCCCCAAACGACUUGCGCCCCCGGACCAUCCCGCUUCGACUCCGAGACAGGGCCCAGAGCCCUCCCUUCUCAAUGCGAAUGUCACGCCUCGAUCCGGUUCUCGGGCUAGUCGACGGGAUGGCUCUAUAAUUUCUUCAGGCAAUUCGGUCGUCAAUGGGCAAUACUCGCCGCAGGCGCCCUUUGUGCAACCGUCUCCGGCCCGGGGCCCAAAUCCAGGGGUAUACCGGACCGAGCGCAGCCCAGUUCGCCUGGGUGGGAAGGUCGAGCCCUCGAGAACGAUGAGAGCCAAAACGCUGACCGCUGAUCUGAAUACCCCCUCACGACCCCAGUCAUCCUCCGAUCUGUCGACCUCAUCGCCAAUGUUUUUCCAUGCCAAUGAUGCCCGUUCCGUUUCAAGCUCCUCGGAUGCAGAGGCCCGUUCACGAGCACCGGUGAAACCAGGAUCUACGGCAAUAUUUGUAUACGCGAAUGGAGAGGAAGAACAGCAGGAUUCGGUCGAGGGCACAGCCAAACGGCGGUUGUCGGGCUUGUCUCGUUCUGUAGUUACAAAGACCCCCGUCACUUCACCCCGGCUGAAAUCCGUCAAGAUCCAUGACCCGGCACGAGGUUCGGAUGGAGUAUCCACGCCACAAGCUGGUUCUCAUGCCGACGAUGCCUCGGAAAUACGCUCGCAGGGCUACAGCCCACGAUUAGCCACCCUUGUACCGAGACCUAUAUCUAUCACAAAACACACGAAAUCUUCAAGUCUAGACACUGGGCAUGGGGCCAUCCUGCACCACGAUCGGCCCAGAGAAGGUCUACGACCAAGCCCCAUCAUAAUCUCGCCGUCCGACUGCAAUAUCGACAGCAUUGAUGUCGUCUCCGACCCCAUUCCCGGACUCAGACCGCGUGUCUUUAGUAACGGAUCCACAACUUCUCUCGAUAGCCAGGGCUCUGCAUCGCAAAGCCCUGUUAAAUCCGAACCCUCAAAUAGCGGUGUGUUGAGUGCUCGGGUGGAGCGCAAAAUUCUAGAUCUGGAAAUCAGCAAUUCGUCUCUCUUGGCAAUCAACCGAACCCUUGAACGCGAAAUGCGAAAACAGAAUGAAGAACUCCAGCGGUAUCGACGACUCAGCCGGUCUGGCCGUUUAUCGAUGGCUCCGUCGACGCGGUCGGUUUCCGGCACCUUGUCGAUUCCGAGUGAGGUCGAUGAAGGGAUUAGUGAAAUUUCUUCUAACCACUCGCCCGAAGAUUUAUCCGACUUUAGCGACGAAGAGUCCAUGCUGGAUACCAGUGUUCUCGGACCUGAGUCGACAGCUGAUGAUGAAACCCAGCAAAGUAUCCGAGAUGAGAAGCGGUUUUUCAUUGACCUAGCGAAACACCAGGAGCUGUUGGCCGACAGCCAGAAGAUGAACCGGAGUCUUAAGCGAUGCCUCGGAUGGACGGAAGAAUUAAUCAAAGAAGCCAAAAAGGCGCUCGAAUACAAUGUACACGUGAAUGAUAUUCAAUUGGGCGGGAGAGUCCUUAGCCCUGAGGAAUUGAAUGAGGUUGGAGAAGCUGGUCGAGGGCUUCUUGCACCCUCGAGUGCGGCCGCUUCCCCAGACUCUGACUUUGAAAUCUCCCGUAUGGAUGAUUCGUCCUUAUGAGUCAGAAAAAUGUCUCUCUUUACCUUUUUUUUUUUUUUUCUUUUGUUUU